AUGGCUGCUCUAUCUGCCGCUCUGCUAGCAGCUCUCCUGCAAACUUUGUCAGACGUCUCGACCGCGAGCUCUUUAUCAUUCCAUCAACAACUUCGUCAUGGCGGGGCGCCUGAGCUGCGAGGGCGCUGGUCGCCAUGCUGUCCAAGGCUGUGCCUGAGAGGCGGCUGCAGGUCAGCGAACGAGACGUACGAGCAGCCGUCAGAGAGCGAGCCCAACAUGGUGGACGAGGCGUUCGAGAGGGAGGCGGAGCAACUAGUCGACGCCAUGGAAGAGCACAUGCUCUCUCCACCAGACUUCCUGCCCAUCGUUGAGAAGCUUUACAAUGCCUCCGAGAUCAGCAAGAGCCACCGGAUCGAGAUCAUGAGGUAUGGCGCGUCCCGGAAGCUGCUCAGCAUGCUCUCCCUCCUCGCCGACCGCCAGUGUCUCAAGUUCGCCUGCAUGCUGUUGGAGAACCUUUGCCUUGACGACGAGAGUCAGAUCCUGUUCCAUCAGUUGUCUGGGAUGGACACGAUGCUGAAGCUGAUGAGGAAGCAUGAGGAUGAUGUCGACCUGUUGGCUCCGAUGCUGUCCGUCCUGACCAAUGCUCUCCUAAUGGAGAGGAACAGGAGGCAGUUUGCCGAGUCCGACGGGUUGGACUUCGUCUUGCAGACUAUGGAGCGGUUCUCGACAACAGCCAUCAUGCAGGAGAAGUGCUGUGCUGUCAUGUCAAACUCAGCGAGAGAGAAAGACAUGCAGAAGAAGCUAGCAGACGACAAGAUCAUACGGAUGGUACACGACGCUAUGAAGGCGUUUCCUGAUGAUAGGGGAGUCCUGAUGCAUACAUGUUUGAUGUUCACCAACAUUGCUUUCGAGGACGACAGCAACCGAGACAAGAUUCGAGCUCAGGUGAUCAGAGCCGCGAGCUGUUCGCUUCCUCCCUCCUCCUCUAGGUAA